CAGAUUCGUUACUCUCUAUAUAUAUCAUUGUUACAUAGACCAAUAAUCUACACCGUACCCACAUCAAUUCAUUGCACUAAUUGAACUUUAGAAUUAUUGCAAGCUAAGUUCAGUUCCGACCCAUCUUCAAAAUCUGAGAGAAUGGCUCAACUCCAGAAGUACGGACCAUAUGGUAGUAAAGACGCCGAAGAAAACUUUUCCGUUCAGCUAGAAGAUGGUCAAGAGAUAAGAGAAAUAAUAAUAAGGCAUGGAUUCAUUGUGGAUGCAAUUGGGUUCACCAUUAGUGGUCAAGGAACCAGCAUGUAUGGUGGCAAAGGUGGAAAUGAAUCCAAGAUUGUGCUCAAAUUAGGUGAAUUCGUAACUGGAAUCAGUGGACAAUCUGGAGAUACGAAUAAGAUAUCCAAAUUGAGGAUCCAUACUAGUUUGAAUAAGCGUGGAUAUGGUCCAUUUGGCUACACACAAUUAACCAAAAACGUUUCCAACUUUUCAUCUCCAGUAGAGAAAGGCAGCAAUGUUGUUGGAUUCUUUGGAAGUGCACUUGAUAACAACCUUGUUUCCAUUGGAGUCUAUGUUGAAAAGGACUGCGGAUGCAACAACUAAUGCCACCGAUGAAGCAAGUUGGAUUUUGUGGCCUGCAUGCUGCCCAAACUUUAGCCUCAUGCUCGUUAUCAAACACUAAAUGUAUUUCCCUUUUAUGUUGAAUAAGCCACAUGCAUGUAUUCUAAAGUGGCCCGUCAAGUAUUAUCGUGUAUUCGUAACACUUAACAUUGUUUACUGUUGUUUAAUUAUUAUGUUUUAUUCCUGUUUCAUCUA